CUUCAGGUGCUCAGCAAGAUGCUCCCCAACUCCUCAGGCUCCCUCCUCUUCCUCCUCCUCUUCUUCCUCCCCAGCAUCCCAUCAGAGCCCCAUCCCCCACCCACACCACUGCCCCCAUUUCUGGCCCCUGAGUGGGACCUCCUGUCCCCCCGAGUAGCCCUGUCCCGGGGUGCCCCCGCAGGGCCCCCUCUGCUCUUCGUGUUGGAGGCUGGGGCCUUCGGGGAGCCUGCAGGCAUUCCAGCCAACCGCAGUCGCCGCGGGGUGAGCGAGACAGCACCGGCCAGUCGCCGGGGUGAACUGGCUGUGUGCGAUGCGGUCAGUGGCUGGGUAACAGACCGCCGGACAGCCGUGGACCUGCGUGGGCGCGAGGUGGAGGUGCUGGGCGAGGUGCCUGCAGCUGGCGGCAGCCCCCUCCGCCAGUACUUCUUUGAGACCCGAUGCAAGGUGGACAGCGCUGAGGAAGGUGGCCCCGGUGGGGGUAGCGGGGGCUGCCGGGGUGUGGAUCGGCGACACUGGGUGUCGGAGUGCAAGGCCAAGCAGUCCUAUGUGCGGGCGCUGACUGCUGAUGCCCAGGGCCGCGUGGGCUGGAGAUGGAUUCGAAUUGACACUGCCUGCGUCUGCACACUCCUCAGCCGUACUGGCCGGGCCUGA